CUCGAAUACCCGGCAAGGCACGCGCGAGGCAGAAAUCCGGGUGCCUGGAUGUUGGAUAAUCGGGGGCGACCAGGAGCUCCGGAGGCCCGACGACCAAGUCGCGGACUCGUCGCCCUGGGAUUGGACAUAUGCAAGUGGGAGCCUUGGGUCUGGCGCUCUAAAUCGAGGGUGGGGGGUGUGCUCGGGCUUGGUCUCCAGGAUUGGAUCGGCGGACCUCUGACUCAGCGUGAGGUCCCCAACUGACGUCCCUCCAGCACCGGAGGUGUCUGGCCAAGUCCUUCAAGACCCCUCAGGGCUCUAGGGUGACAUGGCUGAAGCGCACCAGGCCGUGGGCUUCCGACCCUCGAUGACCUCGGACGGGGCCGAAGUGGAGCUCAGUGCCCCCGUGUUGCAGGAGAUCUACCUCUCCGGACUGCGCUCCUGGAAAAGGCACCUCUCCCGUUUCUGGAAUGACUUUCUCACUGGUGUGUUCCCCGCCAGUCCCCUCAGCUGGCUCUUCCUCUUCAGUGCAAUCCAGCUCGCCUGGUUCCUCCAGCUGGAUCCUUCUCUAGGACUGAUGGAAAAGAUCAAAGAGUUGCUGCCGGACUGGGGUGGACAGCACCACAGGCUUCGGGGAGUCCUGGCGGCAGCGCUGUUUGCGUCGUGUCUGUGGGGGGCCCUGAUCUUCACGCUUCACGUGGCCCUGAGGCUGCUUCUGUCCUACCAUGGCUGGCUCCUUGAACCCCACGGAGCCAUGUCCUCCCCCACCAAGACCUGGCUGGCCCUGGUCCGCAUCUUCUCCGGCCGCAAAACGAUGCUCUUCAGUUACCAGCGCUCCCUGCCACGCCAGCCCGUGCCCUCGGUGCAGGACACCGUGCGCAAGUACCUGGAAUCUGUCCGGCCCAUCCUCUCCGACGAGGACUUCGACUGGACGUCAGUCCUCGCGCAGGAAUUCCUGAGGCUGCAGGCGUCGCUGCUGCAGUGGUACCUGCAGCUCAAGUCCUGGUGGGCGUCCAAUUACGGGGUGCCAAGGAGCCACGGGAGGAUUCUGAACAGGGGAGGGUCAGGAUCAGCUCUGCCGUCGGGGAAAGACUGGAGGGGAGACACCGGAGGCUGGGAGGCUGGAGAGGAUAUUAGGAGGAGAUGCCCUGGGGCAGCCGGAUCCCUGAACCAUAUCCGCCACCUCCGGGACAGCCGACACGUGGCCGUCUUCCACCGAGGCCGAUUCUUCCGUGUGGGGACCCACUCCCAAAGCGGCCUGCUCUCCCCGCGGGCCCUGGAGCAGCAGUUCCAGCGAAUCCUGGACGACCCCUCCCCUGCCUGCCCCCAGGAGGAGCAUCUGGCUGCCCUGACAGCUGCACCCAGGGAUGUGUGGGCCCAGGUGCGGAGUUCCCUGAAGAUCCAGGCCGAGGAUGCCUUGGAGGCCGUGGAAGGAGCUGCCUUCUUUGUAUCACUGGACUCGGAGCCUGCAGGGCUCACCAGGGAGGACCCUGCAGCUUCACUGGAUGCCUAUGCCCGUGCUCUGCUUGCUGGCAGGGGCCAUGACCGCUGGUUUGACAAAUCCUUCACUCUAAUUGUCUUCUCCAAUGGGAAGCUGGGCCUCAGCGUGGAGCACUCGUGGGCCGACUGCCCCAUCUCAGGACACAUGUGGGAGUUCACUCUGGCCACAGAAUGUUUUCAGCUGGGCUACUCGGCAGACGGCCACUGCAAGGGGCAUCCUGAGCCCUCACUGCCCCAGCCCCAGCGGCUGCACUGGGACCUUCCAGAAAAGAUCCGUCUGUCCAUCUCUCUAGCCCUGAGGGGAGCCAAGACCUUGUCUGGAAACAUUGACUGCCACGUCUUCCCUUUCUCCCACUUUGGCAAGAGCUUCAUCAAACGCUGCCAUCUCUCUUCAGACAGCUUCAUCCAGGUGGCCUUGCAGCUGGCCCACUUCCGGGACAGGGGUGAAUUCUGCCUGACUUAUGAGUCGACCAUGACUCGCUUGUUCCUGGAAGGCCGGACAGAGACGGUGCGGUCUUGCACGAGGGAGGCCUGCAACUUUGUGAGAGCCAUGGAGGACAAAGAGAAAACAGAACCCCAGCGCCGUGCUCUGUUCCGCCUGGCGGUGGAAAAGCACCAGGCUCUGCUGAAGGCCGCGAUGAGCGGACAGGGAGUCGACCGCCACCUCUUUGCGCUCUACAUCGUGUCCCAAUUUCUCCACUUGCGGUCGCCCUUUCUGGACCAGGUUCACUCGGAGCAGUGGCCUCUGGCCACCAGCCAGAUCCCUGUUCAGCAAAUCCACCUGUUUGACGUCCACAAUUACCCUGACUAUGUUUCCUCUGGUGGUGGAUUCGGGCCUGCCGAUGACCAUGGUUAUGGCGUUUCGUACAUUUUCAUGGGGGAUGACACCAUCACCUUCCACAUCUCCAGCAAAAAGUCUAGCACAAAAACGGACUCCCACCGACUGGGGCAGCACAUUGAGGAUGCACUGUUGGAUGUGGCCUCCCUCUUCCAGGACGGGCAGCGUCCUAAGCCCAGGUGCAGAGGGUUACAGGAGGAGGACUCGGGGCACAGGGGUGGCUCUCUCCCCUGCCACAGGAGGGGCUCCAGGGCACCCACGAAAUCUACCAACUUUUGACCCCUCCCUGCAGGGAGCUGGUCUCCCCAAGAACUAGGGAGAGGGUCUCUACAACUGGGCUGGUGCAGGACAGAGGUGGCCUGUUUGGGUUUGGAAAAUCCCACAUCUGGUCCAAUAAAGAUGCAUAAGCUGGGUGUGUGGUGUUCACUGUGCU